CCCUCACGCCCUCACCCCCUUCUUGUCCUCACACCUCCUCGUCUGUGUGUUUCCCCAAAGCAAGGAGCCUCGCGCGCUCCUGAUACCUACUUGAUCCACGCCGGCAAGAGAGGCUGUCUUCAGUCUGGCUCACCCAUCAAUGAAGUAGGUAUUAACUCUUAAUCUCCAGAGAGGAGGGAGCGAGGGAGCCAGCCAGCCGCCGGCUACCUUUGAGCACCCGCACCCCCUUCUUCAGGAGCCCCAAGCUCACCCGUCCCGGCAGCCUGCUUGUGUUCCUUGGACCUUCAACGCCCAGACCUCGUUGUCCCAAGCCCCAGGAGGGACAGUCAAGAGACGCCACUGUUGCCCUUCUCCCAGGCAGGGUAAGACCCUACAGUACAUGCUCGGGGUACCUCAACUAUCUCAUUGCCUUACAGACAGACCAAGUGAGCGAGCGAGUAACUACUGCUCUCCUCUUCUGCAUCUUGACUCUUCUUCCGGCUGGGACUCGACGAAUGUCGGGCGGGUACGGACUGGCACAGAGACAACAGAGAGAAGAGAGAGACAGGCUCUUAGGAGAGACACUGACGAGGAGAGAAAAGCACGAAUUUCUGUCACAUCUCCCAUCCUGCUUCUUUCUCUCACACUCACACACUAUCUCGAGACCGACCGCCUCUACUCCCUUUUGGCUCAUCAGACAUUCCAACAGAGUCACUCUUGUUGGUAACUAGCAGCAUAGCAGAGAAAACAGGAGCAGCAGACCAGACAGGACAGGAUAGGACGGGGACGGUUCAACCUGAGCGUCUAUCUGUCCAUUCUCGCCGUGUCGUAGGGCAGGCGCUACUCCGUACCUCAUAGACCAUCUCUUCUCCUGGAUUGUCAGACACACAACCCACCCCCGGUACUUGGAGCUGAGGCGCCCAGGGUCCUCUGGUAGCAUUUGGUGUUGGACUUUACCCAUUCACAAGCCCCCUUCAGCCCUCCCGAGCUAGAGGGCUGGCUGGCCUUGACCUAAGCGCACCUGGUCUAGUGUCCCAAAUCCAAGUCCCGCACCAUCAACGAGCUACAUAUAUUCGACAGCCGCCUCUCCACACUGGCAAGGUAGACGGGACUGGACUGGCAACUAAGGUGAUCGACGCACGAUAACUCCUUUCGACAUCUCGCUCGAAGGAUAGCUUAAAAACCUGCACACAAAGCCUUCCUUUCGACCCCGUCCGCUGGGCCUGCCAUCUAUUUACUCCGAACCCAAUCCACCUUUUCCAUCAAGCCUUACUCCCAGGGCAGCGUUCCUCUCCUCAUCUUGGGGCCCGACAAUCCGUACAAUACUUGUAUACCUGACACUACCUUUCCUGGUUACCUACCUAUCCAUCUUACCUACCUACAUUGGCUACCUGAGCCGUCCUUCUCACUCUCGUCAGCUUUGUCUAGUCUUGUCUUGUCUUGCCUUCUUCUCUCAUUCCUGCCCCCAAAAGCCCAAGGUCACGACAUUCCACUACCCACCAAAUUUGGACAUCUGAUUGCGCCGUGUUAGACUGUCACCGGUCAUCAUCGUUGUCGAAUCCAGUAGCGGCGGCAGCCUCUCAUCUGUGGCAUUCCUAAACACCGCGUUGAAGUUCCAGCUUUUUUCAGCUCCGACGCCGCAUCCCUAGAACGGGACCCGCCAACAGCAGCUGUUUCCGAGCUGUCUGGAGAAGGACAGGAAGAGAGAGAGAAGAGAAAAAGAGACCCGGGUGCCUUACUUUGCUUGACAUCCGCCGCGCCCCAUUACCGUCAAGGUUGGUAGCUCAGUCACGUCACUUCAGACUCUGUGCUCCCGCUUCUUCUGCUCCUGCCGCUCCUGCUCCACCAAUCUUCCGGUCAGGCACAAGUACCGACAGGUCCAGUGUGCCUGCUGGGUUAGUCCGCCCGGCAGCAACUAUCCAAAAACACCCAGUCAAAAAGCAAGAGCUCGCCUGUGGCAGGAAAGAACGAGGAGGAUUCGAAAAAUCACCAAAACCUCAAACACCGCGACCCCCCUACCCAAAAUGGCAAUGGAGACUUCUUCGAGCUUCACGGCUCGAAGACAAGCAACACAAGCUUUGCCCCCUUUCCAUCUUCCGUCGACAAACCAAGAUAUACCGAGUAUGAGUAGACAUUCUCAUCAGUACCCUUUCAGUUUUCACAAUCAGCCUCUGCAGUCGCCAUCAUCGUGGCAAGCCCCCGCGAUGGCUACGCCGUCGGCUCCCUCCUCCUCCUCCGCUGCCUCAAAUACUCAACAUUCUCCUGUAACCGCCAGCUCUGGUCUAACAUCGCCUUCAGGAGUGCCAGGUGAAGGGCUCAGCCCGCUCUCUUCCGGUGUCAACACCACGAGCUCCCAAAGCUCUUACUAUCCUGGAGGAAACGGCCACGGAUCAUGGCCCACGCCCUCGAGUUCCUACCAGCUCAGCUCUGGGACGCCCCAGGGGCUCGUUCAGACCUCUCAGUAUGCCUCCCGCGGGAGCACCUACGAUCAGCAAUCUCCAAUGUCCUACUCUCGCACUUCGCAAUCACCCGCGACUGGCGAGGGUCUUCCUCCACCGCCCUACGGGCAAACGCACCAGUCCUUCCAGGCUUAUCCUCAUGGAGGAGCGGGAUCUACACCAGUCAGUCUACCAUCCCAGGGCCCACCAACACCUCAGGGUGGUAUUCUUGGAUCUCACGGUGCUGUCUCGACGCAACCUCCAACGCCCGGCGGUCUGCACUCCCAUCUUGACUCCUACACCCAGUCACGACCACCAGCGACACCCGGUUACUACUCCACAUCAUCAGCCCCCCAGCAAUCGUUUAACACCUACCAACAAUCCCACACUUCGCCCACCGCUCCUUCUCCGACGACUUCGGUGGGCCCCGGUAGAGGACUUGCUGCGCUCCAGCACCCUUCCGCGAUGGCACCUCCUGGUUCUUACCGCUACCCCGGUUAUCAUGUUCCAUCCAUGGGAGGACCGAUCAUGUCCAACCUUACUUCCCCUGGACACCAGAUGUCACUCGUAACCGGUAUGGGUGUCCCCGGCGGUUAUGGAGCACACCAUCUCGCACCGUCAAUGUACGGCCACACCCACGGGGGGCAGCCAAACCCGCAGGCUGAACGGCCGUUCAAGUGUGAUCAGUGCCCACAGUCAUUCAACCGUAACCACGACCUUAAGAGACAUAAGAGGAUUCAUCUUGCAGUCAAGCCCUUCCCUUGCAAUUUCUGCGAUAAGAGUUUCUCUCGCAAGGACGCGUUGAAGAGGCACCGUCUAGUUAAGGGAUGUGGUUCAAAGGAGGGUGAUGGCCAGAACGAGAACGGGCGACGCUCCUCGCAAGAUCACUCCGACGACGGGACUCCUCCACUCAAGCGAGAGUAGUUGCUUACAGAUUGCCGCUCACGACCUUCAAUGUUCGACUCGCUUUAUCGAAUAUACGGCCGAGAUCAUUUGCGGUCUCUUGGAUAUCCGGAGGGUGGUCAUCAGCAACUUAGGUAGCCAGGCGUCAACGUGGCUUACGACCGCGAUGACAAUACCUUUGUACAUGAAACCGCCAAAAUUACAACGUGGGGGAUCCACGGACGUAACGAAAAUUCGAAAGACAUGGGUGGCAUUCGAGGAAACAAUGCCUAGCAACAGACGCUUCGGAGAAAAUCUUUCUUGAAAACUUAUUUUUAAUUCGAUUACCAGCCGUACAUCGUAUCAUUUCUUUACUACACGCACGGUUAUACACGAAAACCCCGGCGUUAUACCGACACCACGGAACAUUAAUGGAAAGAGACUACCAGGGUCAUAGAGGGGGCCAGUUGGGACUGUGGUCUCUUUCGUUCCCAAAGCUUUCUUUCGCUAUAUGCUUUUUCGGGAAAAUCACUCGUGGGCACGAGGACCAGUUGGACAGGACACAUGGGGUCGGGUUUGUUUUUACGGCGAAUGGUUGCGGCAUCGUCCUCGCUACACACGGAUGCGGGAUGGGGCGAUGCCAAAUUGGGUACGGCUCCACGGAACACCUAUAUAUCGGGAAAACGGAAACUGGCGCAGGCACUCAUGAAUCGGAUGGGUCACGAUGACGGAGGAUGGCCUAAAACGACGGUCAAGGUUGACUCAUUGACACUGUCAAAGUUUGGACGGGCAUCUGGAACGGUCGGGUUUUGUACGCAAGAGGUCGCAGGUUAUCAAGGUGGUAUAGUGGAGUUGGGCAUCGGGGACUGCUUUGGGAGAUACCAAGAUUAUCAAAGAGACAGGUGACUGUACAUUAUUACAAACGCAAGAGAGCGUUCCCUGGGCAAUCGACCCGAUAUGAAAAUUUCGAGAG